UAAAAAAAUUGAUUCAUCAGUUAUAUUUGAACGUUAUAUAUAAAAUGUAAAUCAUUCGUAGGUAGUUUUUCUCUAAGUUCACUUUCUCUUUUGCUUGUUAAAGAAAAAGCAACUUCUUCAGCGAUCUCUUCCUCUCAUUCUCACCAUGUCUGCUAAAUCCAAAUCAAGUUCAUCUGAUACUCCUACCAAGGUUUCACCAGCUACACCUAGAGUGGCAAGUAAAGUAAGCAGGGGACUGGCUAAACCGGAACCCGGUUCACCCUCCCCAUUGCAAAGUGCUCGCCAGUCAGGCGAUCGACCACAAAGACUAUCUCUUAACUCGACGAUUACAGCUGUUCGUAGAUCACCAAAAGUUGCCACGCCGCCUGAAAAACCGCAAACACGUGUGGGUAAGGGAUUAGAGUUGCAAGCUCAGUUGAACUCGGUUCAGGAGGAUUUAAAGAAAGCAAAUGAGAAAAUAUCAUUGAUUGAGAAAGAGAAGGCGCAAGCUAUUGAUGAACUGAAAGAAGCACGGAAAGCAGCUGAAGAAGCAAAUGAAAAGCUUAGAGAGGCUUUGGCUGCACAAAAGCUUGCUGAAGAGAACUCUGAGAUUGAAAAGUUCCGAGCUUUAGAGUUGGAACAGGUGGAGAUGGAUGCUGCUCAGAAAAAAGAUGAAGAAUGGCAGAUAGAAAUCGAAUCCGUUAGGAACCAGCAUGCUCUGGACAUGGCUGCUCUCAUCUCAACAACUCAGGAGCUUCAACGGGUGAAGCAGGAACUAGCCAUGACUUGUGAUACGAAAAACCAAGCAUUAAAUCAUGCUGAUGAUGCAACCAAGAUUGCUGAAAUUCAUGCCGAGAAGGUGGAGAUUCUCUCGGCGGAAUUGGUUCGGUUGAAGUCGUUGCUUGAGUUGAAGCGCGAAAGAGAAAUUAAUGAAAACAAUGAAAUGGUGUUGAAGCACAGGGAAGAGAUAGAAUCGUUGAAACAAGAAGUUGAGAAAGCAAAGGCAUAUGAGGAGAAGUUGGUGGAAAACGAGGCAUUUGUCGAACAACUUAAUGUUGAUCUAGAAGCUGCGAAAAUGGCUGAAUCGUAUACACGCAAUGUAGUAGAUGAAUGGGGAAAUAGGGUUGAAAAAUUAGAAAUGCAGAUUGAGGAAGCAAAGAAUUUAGAAAGAUCUACAUCAGAAUCUCUAAACUCAGUCAUGAAGCAAUUAGAAAGCAGCAAUGAUUCAUUGCAAGAUGCAGAAUCUGAAAUUGCUUCUCUUAAAGAGAAAGUGAGAUCAUUGGAAAUGACGAUCGGUACACAAAGAAGGGAUCUUGAGGAAUCAGAACACCAGAUUAAUACGUCUAAGGAAGAAAAUGCAGAAGCGGGGAAGUUGGUUGAGUCUCUAAAAUCCGAAUUAGAAACAGUGAAAGAAGAAAAGAACCGGGCUUUAGAUAAUGAGAACCUCGCAGUUUCCCGUGUUCAAACUCUUUUAGAAGAGAAGAACAAACUCAUUAAUGAGUUGGAAAAUUCUAAGGAUGAGGAAGAGAAGAGCAAGAAAGCAAUGGAAAGCUUAGCUUCAGCCUUACAUGAAGUCUCUGCAGAAGCUAGGGAGGCUAAGGAGAAGCUCUUAUCCUGCAAAACUGACAAUGAAAAGUACGAGACCCAGUUAGAGGAGCUAAGGUUGUUCCUGAAAGCAACAGAUGAGAAGUACAAAACCAUGCUCGAUGAUGCAAAAAACGAGAUUGAUCUUCUUACAAAUACCAUUGAACAAUCCAAGAACGAAUACCAGAAUUCCAUAACCGAGUGGGAACAAAAAGAACUGCAUUUAGUAGAUUGUGUAAAAAAGUCGGAUGAAGAAAACUCUUCUCUACAAAAAGAAAUUAGUAGGUUGGUAGAUUUGCUAAAACAAUCUGAGGAAGAGGCUUCUGAGUCCAAGGAGGAAGAAGCUCGGUUGAAGGAUAGCCUAAAGGAAGUUGAAUCUAAGGUGAUUUAUCUGCAAGAAGCUCUAGAGGAAGAAGUCAAGACUGAGAGCAUGAAAUUAAAGGAGAGUUUGUUGGAUAAAGAAACUGAGUUGCAGAGUGUCAUUCAAGAAAACAAUGAACUCCGGGCUAGGGAAGUUGCUUCUCUUAAGAAAGUUGAGGAGUUGUCUAAGCUGUUAGAGGAAGCUAUAAUCAAAAAGCCAAGCGAGGAAAACGGUGAGCUAACUGACAGUGACAAGGACUAUGAUUUGCUGCCUAAGGUGGUUGAGUUCUCAGAAGAGAACGGGCAUGGAAGUAAAGAAAAGCCCAAGUCAUCAGAACAUCCUGAGGAGUCCAAAAAUGAAAACUCUCAUCAUGUGUAUGAUGACUCGAAAGAUGAGGUUCUUCAAGUAGAUAGUGCCAAAGUGGUGAACAUGAACGGAAAUGUGGUGCACGAGGCAAAAGAAAAGGAGGAUUCUGUAGAGUCAGUUGAUGUUGAAUUUAAGAUGUGGGAAAGCUGCAGAAUCGAAAAGAAGGAAUUUUCACCAGAAGGGGAACCUGAGCAAGAAGAAUCCUUUGAGGAGGAAGUUGAUUCAAAGGUGGAUGCUAGUGAGUGCUUUGAUCAGAUAAAUGGUUCAACAGAAAUCGCCGAUGAUGGCGGAAACUCACCAUCAAAGCAGCAACAACAUAAAAAGAAGAAGCCUUUACUCCGUAAAUUCGGGAACCUACUGAAGAAGAAGGGGAGUAGCAACCAGAAGUAAACAAUGAAAUCAGCCAUGGCUUGACUUAUCUCUACCAUCAGGCAAUUAUGUAGGAUAAUAUCUUGCAGCUUAAUGUGUUCAUUUGUUUUCCUUAACAUUAUCUAAUAGGGUUAGUCUCUUAACAUCAUUUCCACUCUUAGAAGAUUUUAAAUUGGAUUCUCCAUAUUUUUUACUAUCCUGUGUGUGAUGGAGAUAGUUCUUAUUUUCUUGUUCUUCUUAUCUGGAAUUCAUGAAAAACAUGCGACUGAAGCUGUAUUUCAAUGUGUUUUCUUUAUGUUAUGCAAGGAAAGUAAAUGUUUUGCC